GAAGGGGCCGGUGCUCACGCGAAUGGCGGUGCGGAGUCAGGGUGGCUCGAGCUGGUUCCCUGCAGACGAGAAGUAAAUCUGAGACUUUGGGAAAAGAAAAAAAAGAAAAAAGUACAGUUGUGACACAUUCCGUAAGACCAGUGGUUCCUGGAGACAAGAGUAUCUAAAGAGGACCUAAUCUUGCUGGAGAAAGUCAUGUUAGUUUCAGGUGAACAGCGUAAGAGUUUCCAUGUUUGUAGAUACCGCAGAAUGAUCAUCCCAGCUGCCUUUGCAUUUUGCUGCUUGUUUCCUUUACUGUGCAAUAUAUUGAAACAACCUAAGUGUACACUGAUGGAUAAAUGGAUAAAGAAAAUAACAAGAACAUCAAGUUCAUAGAUACAGAGAACAGGCUUUUUCGUCAUGCUUUAAAAACAAAAAAAAACAUCCUGACCUGUAUUGGAGUCCUGACAACAAGAGAGUUUAAUAGAAGGACAAUUUAUAGAUUUGAGGCAGGGUUUUAGCAGUAACCUGGAAACUUGUUAGAAAUAAGAAUUGGGAGCCCCACCCCAGAACUACUGUAUCCGUCACUCCUGGGGUAAGGCCUGCAGUCUGCUUUUACAUGCGUUUCACGUGAUUCUGAGGCAGCUAAAAUCUGUUUUAAGGAAAUGAGCAAUGGAUGAUGUAUCCUGGGGCCUGCUAACUGCCAGUACCUGCUCUAGGCCUGAAGGUUUUAAUGAAGAAACAUCUUAGUCAUUGCAGUUCUAACAUUAAUAUUUACAAUUUGGAGUUGUCAACAUUCUUACAAGAUAUAUUUUGGCAAUCAAAAUGAAAGCUUUCUUUGAAGUUUUAGAACAGUUGUACAAUAAGGUACUUCUCGGAGCCACCCUGGAAAAUGACAGCCAUGAUUAUACCUUUUAUCUCAACCCAGCAUCUUCAGAUCAAGAUUGCUCCAGAACCACCUCUUCAGACUGCUCAAACACACUUGAAGUUCAGUGCAAGCAUCAGCCAUCCUCUGUCCAUUUGGCUACCCUUUCUGUAGCAAAGGAGACUGUAGCACCUCUGUGUUUGAAGAGACCCUCUCAGAUGAGCAGUACCCGAGAAAUAGUGCUCCUUCAGUUAACAGUGAUCAGAGUGAUGAUAACCAGAAUAUUGUCUGUUGAAACAGAAUUGCAUGCAAAGGAGAAAUACAGAGAUAUAAUUAAACUUCUUUUACAGUCAUCUGACAUCGAUUCUAAAUUAACAUGUAUGUUCCAAAACUCGGAUAAAUUAUUAUCUCACAUGGCUGCAAAGUGCCUUGCACUACUUCUGUAUUUCCAAUUGAAAGAAAAGGUAACAUUAAGUAAUUCCUGGAUUUCUUUUUGCCAGAAAAAUCUUUCUGAAUAUUCUGAAAGUGAUGAAGUAGUUUACAGUCUCUGGAUUCUAACUGCUGUAAUAAAAGAAAUCUUUAGAGAUACAUGUUCACAAAAAACAGAAAUUCUAAAGCAGUUCCUGACUCCUUUUGACACUAUUUUUGAAGUCUUUUACAAUUCCUUGUUUUCUCAGCAUUUUGAAAAUCACCAAGAUACUUCUAAACUAAUAAACAGCUUGAUAUGUUUCUUGGAAUUGCUUGAACUUCUUAUAGCCUCCAGAAUCCACCUAAAAUUACAUUUCAUUUGCCAGAGGAUUUUAUUUUUGAAACCUUCCUGUGUGUUAGAUGUUAUUACCUGGCCUGUUCAGGCUUUUGUCAAAAGGAAGUUCAUCAUAUUCAUCAAAAAGUGCCUUCUCUGCAAAAUGGGUGAAGAUGUUUGUCAGGGAUCUGUCCCUGCCUUCAUGCCGCCAGAUCAUCAUUUCGAUGUGGAUAUGUUGGCUUUGGCUGAUGCUGUUCUGCAAGCUGUGGAUUUGGGCUUAUUGAGGACAUUGUCUGUCCAUGGAAAACCUUCCUGCUUUGGAGGUGAUGAAGUCCAGCCUGGAUGUGAGCAUGUCCCUGGUCCAGAUCAUGUGAUGCUUAGAGCAGCAAGCCUACUUAUCAUUAGAUCCUUGGAAAUCAAGUUUCAAAAUUGUGCUUCAGCAAAAGAAAUGAAAGUUGAUUUACAGAGGUUCAUGUUUGAGUUACUGACCUUCUUAAAGCCUCACCUUCAGCCCUCUCUGCGGUCAUACAAUCUUUGUGAGUGGUUGCCUAGGGUCUUCAUAGAACAAGACGAUGACAUGCUAGAGGCUGCCAAAGCAUCAAUGGGUGUCUACCUAAAGUUGACCAGAGAAUGCGAAGCUACAGAAAGUUUGACCCAAGAAAAAGAAAUGUGGAACCAUCACACACAUGAAAAUGGCUAUAAUCCACACUGUAUUUUUUUAUUCUUAUUAAAAAAUAUUGGAUUUGAUUCUACAGUUCUUCUUGAUUUUUUGAUUUCAUCAGAAACCUGUUUUCUCGAAUAUUUUGUCAGAUAUUUAAAAUUAUUGCAAAAAGACUGGGAUAAUUUUUUCACCAUUUGCAAGUACUUUGAUGUAGCAGAGUCUAAAGAUAACAUAAAUAUUUGUUAUCACACCUUCUCACUUGUCCAAGACAGAAGCAGCAACCAGAGGGAACCUAGUCCUUUGGCUGCUCUCAGUAGUCACAGAAAUACUUGUGCUCGGGUCUUCUGGGCUUCUGAUGCUUCUUCAGAACCACUGAAGCAGGCUGCGAUGUCCAGCAAGGCCCACACCACGCUCCAGGAUAAUAGUCUGUCUCCACCCCAAGCUCCUCAGAGUCUGGUAGAUUAUGACAGCUCUGAUGAUUCUGAAGACGAAUCCACAAACCAGCCUUUAACAAACAGUGGACUAACAUCUUUACACCAAGAAGCAAUGAAGAAAAUUCAGGACACAGUUGGAACAAGUAGGGAUAAAAAAGAAUUUAGCCUGGAGCCUCAGUCAAGGCUUCUGGUUCCCAAAGAAUUUGAUACUCCCUCCCCUGUUGAUUGUGACAUGACCCCAAAUAACACUGCCUCUGAGGUGGAACUGUCUUACAAAACAGUAAAGUGCUUUGAAGAACUACAAGGUGCCAUUUACCGUUUGCAGAAGAGACAUCUAUUUCCAUAUAAUCCCACAGCACUCUUGAAGUUGUUAAAACACAUUGAGACAAUAUAUAAUAAAAGUAUGAACUCUUUGUAAAA